UGCAACACUGGCCCUUCAGUUUUGAAAAAACACGGGCCUCCUCCUCCUCUUGUUCCUGCCUCUCCCGCAGAGUCUCAGCGAAACCCCGCCCAGAGCCCCGCAGAAUGGCGGCCUCUCGCGCACCGACCUCCACCGCCGCCGCCGCGGCGGACGGCGGCAUUGAGGAGAACGCGAUGGCCAUCCUCGACUCCUCCGGCAUCAAGGACUCCCGCGACCUCCACGACGACCGAGCUGCCUUCUUGGAGGCCGUGCGCUCCGCCUGCCUCGCCGGCGACAAUCCCUCAGCCCCCUCGUGGAGAAUGUAUGAUGGUGUUUUCCAGGUUCUUCGAAACAGUAGCUCUCUGGAGCUUGCUGUCGCAAGUUUCCAUCUCUUAAUGGAAUUGGGCAAGCAAUACCCAAGAACAUAUUUGACAGAUUCUGGUGGACACCAAUCUUUAGUUGUAGUUAAAGAGUCUUGGUUACCAUUUCUCAUUGGCAAUGGUUCUGUUAGUAGUGAGAUUGGAGGAAAUUCAAGGAGCUCAGACCACCUAUUUGAUCCUUUGAGAUUCUCGUUGCUGAUUGAGACCAUUGUUGAACCAACCAAUGCCACGGAUGAUAAUAAUGGAAUCAAGGCUAUCGAGAAUAUGAUGUUGUUCCAGUAUCUUGUCAACACACUUGAAGCAGAUUUUGUACCUCGCCGUAUUGCAUACAAAGAGUCACUAGACUGGGUGAUCUUCAGGGAAUCUCUGUUAAAUAUGCUUCUGGGAUCACGAAAGCUCGUGUUCAAAUCUUUUGUACAGAACUGCAUACAUCUUCUACUGAGCCAGUAUCACCCUGAAGCUAAAGAUGCAGUUGAAGAUAGCAUACCUUUUGAAGGAGAAGCUAGGUCAGCAUCUGAUCUUGAUUCUUCCCUAAAUUAUUCAUCGCUGGAGUCAGAAAGGACACUUGUGUCUCUCCGGAAAUUAUUUGUGAUGGUUAUGGAACUUGACUUGAUCAGGAAAGAAGCAGACGCAUUAGGGCUGACUUCUAGAGCUGAUGGGUUCAGAAACCCUAUCAUGGAAGUUAUUUUGGAUGAUCUAACUUACAACAUCAGUUACUUAUCCCCAUUUCUCUUGGCCUUUGUGGAAUGGAAGUGGAAACUGGAGAUUAUUCUGCAGUACUUUUCAAAAUACUGCGGCAAGGGCGCAGUCCGUACUCGAAGGUCAGAUAAUUCACAACAAGAUUUGAAAUUGGAAAGAGUCCUGAGUUUCUUUUUGACAGCCACAAGCACAAAAGCUAUUGUCAAAAAGAUGGGCACAGAAGUUGCUCAGCUUCUCUUAGCACACGCCUACCAGGUGUGCAUAUCUGUUCAAGGUGACUCUGGAGAUUCUACUACAACUGAAAAGAUUGGAGCAAGCCUCCAAGAGAUAUCUUGCAACUUCAUAUCUGCUUUUCAAAAUCUCAAAAAAGUUAGCCCGAAUACCCAGAUCUCACCAUUUGAGAAAGAAGCUCUGUUUACUGCUGCAGCGUUGACUAGGAAAUUGAUGAAUGAUGAAAGAUAGACUUUGGGUGUGGUACAUAGGAUCAGAUGGUGUAACUCUAGCUAGUGAUAUAAUCCUAAAAAUGAUUGCAUAUUUUGGCCUCAUCGUGGCAUGACUGUCUCCCUGUAAAUAUGUGAUAUGGCUUUAUUUAUCCCCUCUGGUGUAUCGUAAAGAUGGCGAUACAACUUAUGAAUCUAUGUUGCAUAUCCGGUGAGUAUUUCACAUAUGCAUCUGUGUUGCAUAUCUUUAGGAAGCAACACCAGUUUCUUUGA